UCAGCCAGGCAUAACUUAUUUUCUAGGUGAAUGUCUAAUUGAAUUCUUGACCUUGCAUUUAAAACUUUUCUAAACAAAACCGCUAUUUUUUACACGUAUGAUCUUGAUAAAGGGAAUAUCAAAAUUCGUUACGAUGUCCUGCCAGAGUGCUCCACUUAUUUUGCGGCUUUUAGCCUCUUCAGUUACUACAGCAAGAAGAGCUGGCUCUAUUAUUAAAGAUGUGAUGGAAAAAGGUGAAUUGGGAAUAAUACAUAAGGGUUUGAGUAAAAAUGAUGUCCAAACUGAAGCUGAUAGAUCAGCACAGCAGUGUAUUAUAACUUCCCUAGCAAGACAAUUUCCUAAUGUUACGAUUAUAGGAGAGGAAGGACCUUUAGAUGAGAGUGAAGUUCCUAGUGAUUGGAUUGUUACAGAAAGUGAUCAGAACAUUUUACAAAGAAAGUGCCCUGAAAAUUAUGUUAAUGUUAAACCUGAAGAUAUUGUUGUAUGGGUAGACCCGUUGGAUGGAACUUCUGAAUAUACAGAGGGUCUUUUAGAUCAUGUUACAGUAUUAAUAGGAAUAGCUGUUAGUGGUAGAGCAGUAGGUGGUGUAAUUUAUCAGCCUUAUUAUGAGUAUAAAACCGUUAAAAAUGGUCCGGGUAGAACUUUUUGGGGAUUAGUUGGUCUGGGAGUAGGAGGCUUUGAACCAAUUAAACCACCUAGCAAUAAAUUUGUGAUAACUACAUCAAGAUCUCAUCGUGAUGGUAAGGUAAAUGACGCUUUAAAAGCACUAAAUCCAGACGAUAUCAUUAGUGUAGGAGGAGCUGGUCACAAGGUUAUCGUCGUGUUAGAGGGAAGAGCUCACGCAUAUGUGUAUGCUAGCCGAGGCUGUAAGAAAUGGGACACCUGUGCUCCAGAAGCUGUGUUAGAAGCUGCAGGAGGACGACUAACAGACAUCCAUGGUAAACACUACGAUUAUUCCAAAAAUGUGUCAUUUCCAGACGAUCAAGGAAUAUUCGCAACAGCCAGUGGCGUCGACCAUGAUGCUUUGAUUGCAAAGUUACCUCAGGAAUUACGUGAUGCAUUCCCUUACUAAAUUAAGAACAAAAUUAUAUCAGAUGUACAGUAGCGAUAUGCGAAAGUUGAAAGGUUUUAACUGUAUUUUAUUUAUAUAAUAAAUAACAUUUAAGUCUUA